AUGUCUUCUCAGGACGCUGACGCCCUUGCGCGAGCAGCCCUUCAUUUGUUCGCUGGGAAGUACUUCCAGAUAGCCUCGUUUGCGAUGCUCGUCUACGAUCAUAUGAUAACAUUCUCCGACGAGGUCGAACGCAUCUGGAAGCAGCCAUUUACUGGCGCUAGUCUACUCUUCUACCUGAACAGAUACGGCAACCUCCUCGAAUUCAUCGUCAUCCUUAAUGCCUUCUUCGAUCCGACGUGGCCAAAAGACGUAUGCCACCGGUUCGCGAAGUUCGAAGGCGCAGGAACCACGAUCCUUGUCGGCAUCUGCCAGUUGGUCAUGAUCCUCCGUGUCUACGCGCUCUAUGGGCGCUCGUCUUGGAUUUUGGCAUUUCUGUUGGCCCUCUUGGCGGGUGAAGUGGCCAUCGCAGCCGUUGGUAUCGAUAAGGGAUUUCCCAUCGAUUUGCCCCCUCCAUUAGGAGGCUGUAUACUCACAGGAACGCACCCUGCAUUCGCCGCACAAUGGGUCGCGCCGUCGGUGACGGAUUCAAUCAUCUUUUUCCUUACCAUACGGCGUUCGAUGAAGUUGUGGAAGCAAUCCGGGAAAAGCAGAGUGAUGCACGUCCUCGUACGAGACGGCAUCUUCUACUUUUUCAUCAUAUUCCUGACGAACCUAAUGAACACCAUAAUCUAUUUCCAAGUUGAGGAGGACUUGAAAGCCAUUGGAGCCUCCUUCAUCCAACUCAUCACAUCCGUGAUGAUCUCGCGCCUGAUACUCAAUCUUCGAGGAGUGCACCUCGAUCAGCUGCCUACCCAGAGCACCAACCGUAUAGAAGUCUACUACCGUCCGGGGAUACGUAUUCCGGCAUUCAAGGACGAUAGGAUGACCUUUAUAAUUGGGAGCUUAGGUGGAGAAUUCAGAACUCCUGAUGAUGACAGAUGA